CUGGGCUGCCCCUCAGCUGGAGCGAGUGUACAGGAGGAGUGCACUUCCCCUGGCCGAUCCCUGCCUGCAGGAACUACAGGACAAAGCCGGUCACACAACACCCGGGGAUUAGCCGCAGGAGAAACUUGGAAAGCCAUCCCAGCCUAGAAUUUUGUUCCUAUGUAAUGUCCAUGACGGUGGCAGCAUGAGGAAAACAGCACAAUCAGGAAUCAACAGGACCUCCAGCGGGAGAUUGCGGCGGCUUGGCGACCCAACAAGUCCAACUUUGAAGCGAUCUUUCGAGGUCGAGGAGGUAGACCAGUCUCUGAAUUCCUCCACGCCACAAAGACGACCUCUGAACCCUCUCCUCAGAUCUACUGCAACCAGCUCCACACAGAAAUUCCAGGAUCUUGGGGCCAGGAAUUCAGACACACCUGCCAGACAUGCAGAUGCUCCAGGCCAGCGAUCGCCUAAGUCAUCUCUAAGGAGGGUGGAUCUCUCUGGACCCAAACUCCCUGAGCCUGUGUCACGAAGAACAGAAAUUUCCAUUGAUAUCUCAUCUAAGCAAGUGGAGAAUUCCACUCCAGGAUUAUCAAGGUUUGGCCUCAAGAGAGCAGAGGGGCUGGGGCACAAACCUCCUGAGCCCACUCCAAGAAGAACUGAGAUCACUAUAGGCAAGCCCCAGGAGUCCGCUGUUCGGAGAAUGGAAGCCCCCACCUCAAAAAUCCCGGAGCUGCCUCAGCGGAGAGCCGAUGCAGCCAGUGCCCCCCUGCCUGACAUUGCCACCAAACGGGUGGAAAUCCAGGUGGCAAAGUCUCCAGAAGCCCCAGUCCCACCUAUCAGGCAGGUGGAGAAUUUGGAGCCUUCCUUGACCAGUCAACAUCUCCAAGUGGAAUCAAAGACACAAGUAAUGGCUGAAAUCCCACCAAAGGGUCCAGAGGGGCCAGAGGCAGACCCCUGUUACACACCCAGCAUGAUGGAGGCCCCCCGAGACACUGGCCUCAAGCAGGCGGCCCCAGCACGGCCCGAAAAGCCAGCCCUCGACUUCGGCUAUGUGGGGAUCGACGCCAUCCUCGAGCAGAUGAGAAGGAAAGCCAUGAAGCAAGGGUUUGAGUUCAACAUCAUGGUGGUUGGUCAGAGUGGCUUGGGGAAGUCCACGUUAAUCAACACACUCUUCAAAUCCAAAGUCAGCCGGAAAUCCGUUCAGCCAACUUCUGAAGAGCGGAUCCCCAAAACUGUGGAAAUAAAGUCGAUCACUCAUGAUAUUGAGGAGAAAGGUGUCCGUAUGAAGCUGACUGUCAUCGAUACCCCAGGCUUUGGAGAUCACAUCAACAAUGAGAACUGCUGGCAGCCCAUCAUGAAGUUCAUCAAUGACCAGUAUGAGAAGUACUUGCAAGAGGAGCUCAAUGUGAACCGGAAGAAGCGGAUCCCAGACACCAGAGUUCACUGCUGCAUAUACUUCAUCCCAGCCACCGGCCAUGCCCUCCGACCGCUAGACAUCGAAUUCAUGAGACGCCUGAGCAAAGUGGUUAACAUCGUGCCAGUCAUCGCCAAAGCCGACACGCUAACGCUGGAGGAGAGAGACUAUUUCAAAAAAAGGAUCACAGCCGACCUGCUGUCCAAUGGCAUCGACGUGUACCCCCAGAAGGAGUUUGAUGAAGACUCUGAGGACCGGCUUGUGAAUGAGAAAUUCAGAGAGAUGAUUCCGUUUGCAGUGGUGGGCAGUGACCAGGAAUACCAGGUUAAUGGGAGACGAAUACUUGGAAGGAAAACAAAGUGGGGCACCAUCGAAGUUGAGAACACGACACACUGUGAGUUUGCUUAUCUGCGGGAUCUCCUGAUCAGGACACACAUGCAGAACAUCAAGGACAUUACCAGCAGCAUCCACUUCGAAGCCUACAGAGUGAAGCGGCUGAACGAGGGUCAGAGCACACUCUCCAACGGCGUGGCAGACCAGGAGCUAGUGGCCAAUGAAAUGUAACAGUCUCGCUCCGGUGCCAGGACCCAGUGCGCUCGUGCUCCUGUUUCUUCCUCUCCCUCCUUUAUUUUGUAUUAUUCUCCUGCCACUGCCACCGUCCCUCUCCCCUGCGCUGUCAAUUAACUGACCAAAUAAUCUGAUGCCGUAUCUAUCGUGAAGAGCGUGGUGACUGCCAGUCCCCUGGUGCUGCCCGCCUCAUGGCUCAGGGGUUCUGUUCUCAGCUCCUGUUGGGCGUGGCAAGGGACAGCUGGGGGGUUGGGCAGGAGGAGGAGAUGACUGUCCCAAGUCAAGUCCGUCUCUGUUUACUCUCCAAUUCUAGCCCAAAGUGCAGCCCCUGGGUAGGUAGAAGAGCCCCCUCCUCACAAAGGCCUGCUCCAGCUCCCACUGAAAUCCAUGGGAAGACUCCAGCUGGCUUCACCGGAGCUGGAGCAGGCCCUGAGGGCUGCUUGGUAAUGAAGUCCAGGCCAUUGGGUCAGGGUGGAUCUCCCUUCCUGCUCACAGGAGCUGACUGCGAAAUGAAUCUGAUUUCUCUCUCCUCCAUGUCUUGAAAUGGCCUGUAGAGUAGGGCCGGGGCUGCCUCAGAGAAGGGCGCCCUACCCCUCUUGCUGCCAUGUUGUAAAGACCGUUGGAACCAAGCGGCUUUGCCCAGUGUCACAUGGCUUUAUUUUCUUCUCCGUCCACUGAAGGCAAGGCCAUCUGUUAGGCUGCCUUCAGAAGCAAGGGGCAGGGAUGUGGAUGGAUAGGGAAGGGGAUCACAAGCUUACCUCUGCCUCUUUCCCCCUGCUCCCC